AUGGUCCAUCGCACGCUCCUCCAACUGAAACGAGCCAGAAUUGUAAUUCCGCAAUUGAGUCCAACCCUGACCCAAGUGCGCAUUCACAAAUGGCUCAAGGAUCCUGCCAGCGAGAUUGAAUGUUACGAACCGCUCUUUGUCUUGCAAUGCUCUCCCGAUCUGUUGUCGGAAGCAUACCGCAAAUACAAGACUCACGAGCCACUCAUGUUGAUUGAAGCCCAGGACGAAGGGAAGCUCCAGAUUUCUCCAGAGAUUUUGGAAUCCUCCAAGCGGGGAGAAUGGUUUCCAGUGGGACACUUUUUGGGUACCAUUAAUGAUGAUGAUGAUGAUGAUGACGAUGAUGAUAACAAUGAUGCCGAAAUCAGUGGCGAAGAUACCGAGUGGUUGUGGCAAGCCUACUCUUAUGAAGAAGAAGCCGAAACUGACGAAAACGCUACUGAUGGUGCUUCAUCUGACCAGAAGAAAGUAGACAAAACUGCGUACUAUGCACCAUUGGGAGUAAUUGAAUUGAAGGGACUCUUACGAUACCGUGGACUCGAUGUUGGUGGGACUACUCGAGAAGAGCUGAUAGAGCGUCUGGUGGAGAGUGACAAUGCAACGUAA